UGUCAGCAUUCUGAAAUGAAAAGUUAUAUUUUGCUUGCUGCGCUGCUGUGCGCUGCGCUGCAUAUUUUUACUCGAUUGAACAGACUUUCGCAAAAUUUCGCUUUCUUGAUGCUAGCUACGGGCUGGCUAGCUAUAUUUACCCGAAACGAAAUAUAAUUUCGUGAAUAAUAAAUAAAUCUGAUGUGUUUACUGUUGACUCCAAGCAAACAUAUGAAUGGACUGAAAUUGUGUCUGCUCAAUAUAGUGACUGCUGACUGUACGAUUUUGUGAGUGAAAAUUAUGAAUUAGGAUAAACAAACUUCGAUCAAAAUGGCUGAUCCACUUGAAGCUGACCAGACACAACCAAGGAAUAACCCAUUAAAAAUAUCCUUACCCACAGUCCUUUGUACUCCUGACUCAUCAGAGAAAGAUGACAUUAGCCCUAAGAAUAGUUUUAUAACAUCUGAAUCAAAAUUGUCUCUGCCUUCUAAUUUAGGAACUCCUACAUCGCCUUUGCGAUUGUCGUCUCCGUUAUCGCUACCUACAUCACCUGCGCCUUUCAUUACAUCCACGCAGUCUAUUCCUAGUAAAUCGUUACAAAAUUCCCAGCAGAUUAUUUCCUUAAACCCAAAUCAAGAUGUCAAGAAACCGCUCGAAAACUCAGGAUCUGCUACGGGGAAUCCUCGGAACAAAUGCGCGCUGCAGCCGGGGCACAGUCUCAUGGACUGGAUCCGAUUAGGGAACUCCGGAAGAGAUCUGACGGGCGUGGGCGGCCGUGUGCGACCCGUUUCGCCGGCGGAACUCGCUUCGCACAAUACGCCAAAAGACGCAUGGUUAGCCAUUCGGGGUCGCGUAUAUAAUAUCACACACUAUCUUCCAUACCAUCCUGGAGGUCCUGAAGAACUGAUGCGCGGUGCCGGUAUCGAUGCAACACAGCUAUUCGACAAAGUUCACCCAUGGGUUAAUUAUGAUUCCCUUUUAGCGAAAUGUUUAGUGGGACCCCUUAGAGUCGACCUGCCUAGUGCCGAAGAACUCUUCGAAUCCUCCAGCCCUUCAAUAAAAUCCGACCGUCUAAGAGAACCAUCCAAAGCCCAAGAGUUAGUUAGAAAAUCCAUGGAAAAUUUAGCAAAUUGUAUCACGCCAGUUAGAAAGAAAAUAACUUCAAAAAGCGACGAAAACGUGAAGGGUAGUCCGCCUAGUAAAAUAAUGCAGAGUCUGAUACAAUCGAGCGAUUUACCAGUAUCGAUAAGCAGGAGAGCUGCAUCGAGUCCUGUGAAAUCAAUAGAAAAACCAGAAGUUCCGCCGUUACGAUAUGAUUGGAUUCAGACGUCAAGAAAACUGACGAUAUCCGUGUACACGGGUCCGCUGGCGAACCCUGGCGGUUGCGCUAGACUUACUGAGGGAAUCUUGUUAGUGGAAGUGGCCACGAAUGGAUGGUUGAGAACACUCAAGGUAGUUCCCGAGGCGAGGUUACAAGAGCCAUUACAGCUAAAAGUGUACGCGGAGAGCGGGAAAAUAGAUAUAAUCGCCCAGAAAGCAGAGGUGAGUGUGUGGAAAUCCUGCGAGAUAUCAGCUGGCGCCGCGACGCGUGUGUCUUCCCCGCGGACACUGUCGUGCAGAGUGGUGGACGUGGGGUCGGUGACCCACGACACUGUCCUGCUUUCGCUACAACCGCGCUCCGGACCCGUGAUCGUGCCUUUGGGACACCACGUCAGGGUGCACAAACGGAUCUCAGGAUCAGAGUGCGUCCGUUCAUACACGCCAGUGGGAGAAGGCUGGAGUCCCCCAAUUGAGGGGCAGUCCCCACUUCGACUGGCAGUGAAGCGGUACGCCAACGGCGCCCUCACGCCGCACCUCUCUGACCUCAGAGAAGGAGACACUGUCACGUUGUCGGGACCUUACGGUAACUUCCAGCUGCUAAAGCUCAAGUCCGUGAAGACGAUCUAUUUACUAGCUGCCGGCACUGGAAUUACUCCCAUGUUAGGUCUACUAAAGUUCAUGCUGCUUAGGUCCAAUCCCAGAUGUGAACGAGUGCAUCUAUUAUUCUUCAACAAAACAGAAAAUGACAUUUUGUUUCAAAAUAUUUUAGAAGAUAUAGCAAAUGAAGAUAUAAGAUUGACAGUCACACACAUAUUAUCGGACGCGGGUUCCAGCUGGCCAGGCCCCCGCGGUCGCAUCACUGAAGAGCUCCUCUCUGGGCUGCUAGAGAGAGACAGUGUCAUGUGCAGAGCAGAGGAGAUGCAAUGCAGCCACUUCGCCUGCCUCUGCGGGCCUACAGAGUUCACGCACGCCGGCCUAAACUUACUCAAGAAUUUGGAUAUGAGCGAAAACUGCAUGCACGCUUUUAUGGGAUAACUUGUAAAAAAUGUAAUAUACUGUAUAGAAAGAUACUGUUAUGAAAUACGGCGGCUGCAAGCUUUAAACUUAUAAAGUUUUUGUUUUUUUAACUGGAAUCCAUACUACAAUUCGACAUUAUAAUGUGAAAGUGUGUUUGUUCUUAAUACGCCAUCAAUGUAAUUGUGGUGAUUUUUGGAAUGGAGAUAGUUUGAUAGAUGAAGAGCAGAGGCAUAGUCGUGGGUGGAGUUGCGGGCAAUAAUUACUUAUGUAUAAAUUUACUGUAGGUCCCCCAGAUGCUUCAAUCAGCAUGAGAUUUUUACGAAAAGGCGCCGGUCGCGUUCUCUCUGUUCAUAAAAAUAAUGUUACAAUGUUUUAAAAUACGUAUCUAUACAAUACCAUCUACGUUUUUAUUUAGAACUGUAUUUAUUUUUAAUUAUUGCUGCCAUUAGUUUUGCAGUAACCAGUAUAUUGUUUUUUGUACAUAGAUGUAUUUCUUAGCGUGCAGUCGUUCCGUUCAUGUUUUUGUUUCUUCUGAUAAUAUACUUAUGAAAAAACUUACUGAAAAAAUAUUUUAUUCUUUUUUGUUGAUCUAUGUAAAAAUUUGGAGUUGAAAUCUGCCAAGAAAAGAGUUAGGGUAAAUAUUAUAGGGAGGGAGUAGAAGUCCUAAGAGUGAGAUUUAGUCUUCGUAAUAGUACCUAUGUGCUGGGUUAGAAUUUCUACGUGUCAUUAAUAAGUAAAGAAUACAUAAUUAUGAAGGAGAAUGGAGAAAAAAUAUCCCACGUAAACAGAUCAAAAAACAUUUUUUGUAGGUACGUACUCACCUUCCAAUGUAAGUAGCUAAUAAGAACUACGGCCAAAUUUAGAAGCACCAAGACAUUAGAAAUUAAAUUUCUAUAAUUAAAUAAAUAGGUUACCGUCAUUAUAGUCUUUAUAAAAGUGUGAUAACAUGAUAGUAAUGUAACAAUAAAAUUUCAAAUUAUCCAAAUGUUGUGAUUCGGAAUGAAAUAAAGACAACAAAUGGAGUUUAAAUUUAUAAAUAUUGAAAUAGGUAAAUAAAUUAGAACAUAUAUUACAUAUUUAACUUUUGUCUUUUUCGAGACUAGAAAUCCAUCCGAUUCUACUUAUCUACUGUAAAUAAACAUGUUGUUGUUUUUUUAAUAAAUUAUACUUAUAGAAUAGAUCCAUAUAUUACAACUAUAUGUCGAAACUAUUAUAACGAUUCAAUUUACCUCCUAACAAAAAAAAAAAAAACAAAUUUAACCUAAAUAAAACUAAGUAGGUACCUAUUUGCACAAGAAAAGUCCAAUUUUAUAAAAUGUAGUUAACAAAGAAUAAAAAGAGUAUCUAUUUUUGGUAGGUAUUGUGUUUAUUUUGUUGUAAGUAAAAAAAUCGCAAUCUAUUUUUCCGAGUAUGAAUUAAUUUAAAACUGUAUGAAAUGUUUAUACUUAUGCAUGCAAUAUUUCAAAAUAAUACCGAAAUUUUUGAAUUAUGGCUAAAAACUUUUCAUGAAAACUUAUUAAAUAGAUUUAAGUGUGUAUUGUAAAGCCAAUACCUACGGUUUAUAUAUUUAUAUUUUAAUUUCAGACGAAUACCACGGUAUCUCGACAUAUCAGUAAAGUUAUAACCAAUUUUUCUAAAUUGCUACCAAAUGUAGAUUAUUUUUUCAAGAUUACGUAUAUUACGAAAACAUAUACAGAUACUUACAUUAGAGCAAUUAUUUAAAAUUCGUAUAGAUUAAAUAAUGCUGUAAAUAUUGAAGUUAUUAUAAAAAGUGCCUACAUUCCAGGUGAAAUGUUUUUGUUAUAGCUCUUUUGGUGUGUUGUUGACUUAUGGUUUUUAAUAAAUAGAUAAACACAAA